GGGAAAUUUGUUAUUUACUCUCAGGUAACGCCCCUCUGGGAGAGCAAACUGCUGACAAACUAUUCCUAAGCCUGUGCCCUGUGGCCUUCAUAUACAUGCGGGUGCAGCUCUAAUGUUUAUUCUCAAAUCCUAUUGGGGGGAUUUUCAGGGGUCCUUGAGAGUAUUUGGAUAUUAUGCCCUUUAAACCAGGAACAAGUAGUAAAGUUGAGUAGGCCACUGGCAGCAACCCAUAUAAUGACAAAUCUAAUUAUGCAGGAAGAGAAGAAGAAGGAUAAAUCUGGAGAUGCAGGAAGAGGAGCAGAAGGAGCUGCAGGAAGUGCAAGAACAUCAGGAGGAGCUGCAGGAAGAGGAGAAGAAGGAGCAGCAGGAAGAGGAAGAAUGUCAGGAGGAGCAGGACAUGGAGGAACACCAGGAGGAGCUGCAGGAAGACAAGAAGAAAGAGCAGCAGGAAGAGGACGACCAUCAGGAGGAGCUGCAGGAAGAGGAGAAGAAGGAGCAGCAGAAAGUGGAAGAACAUCAGGAGGAGCUACAGGAAGAGGAGAAGCAGGAGCAGCAGGAAGAGGAAGAAUGUCAGGAGGAGUGACAGAAGGAGGAGAAAAAGAUGCAGCAGGAAGAGGAACAACAUUUCAGGCUGAACUUCCUCAUCCAAUACAGAGUCUAUAAUUGCAUGAGUGAGGAGAACCUUGACUAAAUCAUAUACAUGAUCAUGCAUCUGGAAGAGGAGAAGAAGGAGUAGCAGGAAGUGCAAGAACAUCAGGAGGAGCUGCAGGAAGAGGAGAAGCAGGAGCAGCAGGAAGAGGCAGAAUUUCAGGAGGAGCAGGACAUGGAGGAACACCAGGAGGAGCUGCAGGAAGACAAGAAGAAAGAGCAGCAGGAAGAGGACGACCAUCAGGAGGAGCUGCAGGAAGAGAAGAAGAUGGACCAGCAGGAAGAGGAAGAACAUUUUAGGCUGAACUUUCUCAUCCAAUACAGAGUCUAUAAUUGCAUGAGUGAGGAGACCCAUCCCUACAUCAUAUACAUGAUCAUGCAUCUGGUAAGGAAUAUAAAAUAGGGAAUAAAUGAUAUUAGUAGUAAAGUUACAAGUAGUAAGUUGAGUAGUCCGCUGAGAGCAACCCGUAUAAUGAUAAAUCUGGAGAUGCAGGAAGAGGAGAAGAAGAAGGAGCAACAGGAUGUGGAAGAACAUCAGGAGGAGCAUAAAAAGAAGAGAAAGAUGUUCCUGCUAGAGAAGAGCCACAGCUUACCCUGAAAUGAAGGGUUACCAAGAGAUUCCACUGGAUUUGGGGUUUCACCAGAAAGCUCUUCAGAUGCUCCUGCUCCCUGAUUAGCUUCCUGAUGGGAGGCAUCUUCCCAACUCUUCCAACCACCUGUUGACCCCACUUCCUCUUGAGGCAACUUCGGGCGGCUUCGGAAAACCGUCGCGUGUGAUUACUUAGUA